UGAUAGGCGUGAAUGAUAUCCAGUCCCUCAACCUUUUAUAUUUCCACCAAAUUAGUUAUUCAUGUUCUAAACUGUAAUGAGCAGCGUAAUUUCGCUUAGCAUAAAUACAUGCAUGAUUUAUUUUAUCCGUGUUGCAAACCAGAGCGUGGUCCAAUUGUAUAACCGGGUGCGCGCACUGGUGCUGUCGUCUGCUCCAUAAGUUGUUACUACAAGUGUCACUACAAAAGGCAUACCGAAUUGACUCCGCCAACCAAAAAUGUUCUGUGUGCAUACGGCAAAUCCUUGUUCCUCCACACAAUCAUCAUCAUCAUUUCUGUUGUUGUUGUCGUUGCUGCUGUGGUCAACAUCGUCGGCAUCUCUCAGCGGAUGGGAACCGAUUCAAUGGAAGUAGAGGCAACGAGUCCGCUGUUUAUGCCCCGGCAAUAGUGAUUCUUUACAAGAGCCUCUACGGCGUGUGCCACUACUAUUGUGUAGCGUGCCAUGUCAACCCAGACGUCAAAGUACCGGUGCUGUACGCAAACAGUGCGACUAUAAUUGUUGCUAUUGGCCGCAGCAGCUGCAGCUGCACUGACACUAGCUCUACAUGUAGGUGCCUUUCUGCCGUCGGGGUACUCGGUGUGUCCGUCAACUGGACAUUUCGUACGUCGCCAUUCUAUCGUAGAACCAUCGUAGCCUGUUUGUGCUAGCUGGCAGUGCAUAGAGGAAACGCGGCAGUUCGUUGUGACGUGGUGGCUAGUACAAAUGCAACGGUGACUACUGCCAAUCGUGCGGCGGUAAAGAGGAUUCGAUCCUCUGUUGACAAGCCGUGACCGCGGCUAAUCUGUUUGCUAGGACAAAUGAAAUGCAUCGAUACAACUUCGUACAAAUUUCCUGAAACGAAAAAGCCGAGAAUUUCGAUCUUUGUCCUUCUGCAUAUGAUUAUAGAUUCUAGAUGCUAUACUUCAUCCCCUCGCCAUUUUGCUCACCCCGUGCGGAGAUUAUGGUUAUCGAGCAAAUGAUCUCAACAGCAGUAGCUCUUGAAUGAAAACGGAACGAUUCUCCGGCCAAAGUGGCACAUACAAGAAGUAUCAACAACCGUACAAAACAUAUCAAUCUGUUAGAUAGUAUGAAUAGAUCAAGUGAGACCAUUCUAACUUCGUGAUAACGGUUAUAAGCAUGAAGGUACCGGAGACAAUUACCGAAAAACUGUGAGGUGUAUGAAGGUCAAAAUAAAGUGUAAUAGUAUUUGCGCUGUACAUACUGCUAAUAUUUGAUAAACAGCGACGAUGUUAUUAACUCGGAUAAUAAAAGCCUUUUCGAAAAUGGCCUGGAUCAUUGUGGCCACACUCACAGUUGUCGCCGCGUUCUUAGCGCCGACCACGGCCGAACAACUGCCCAAGUCGAUACAGGAGUUUGAGAAGAAGAUGCAACAGGACAAGGUUGUAUCGGCUGUCGAAACUCACGACGUUGCACCCGCACCAUUUCUGUCGUUAGGUGGUGAAACCGCUGUGGCGGCUGAAUACCCUGGUGUUCCAAACUUUUGGCACGGCUUUGUGUCAUCCUUGAGUGUAAUCGUCGUCUCGGAAAUUGGUGACAAGACUUUUUUUAUUGCGGCAAUCAUGUCGAUGCGUCAUCGACGCGUCAUUGUAUUUGCCGGCGCUAUAUCAGCCCUCAUUAUUAUGACGGUUCUGAGCGCAUUGAUGGGCUCACUUACCCAGGUGAUUCCACGAGAGUACACACACUACUGCUCGAUCGUACUGUUCAUCUUCUUCGGCGUAAAAAUGUUGUAUGAAGCAUCACGGAUGUCGGAUGACGAAGGCAAGGAAGAGUUCGAAGAAGUCGAAAAGACGCUAAAUCAAAAAGAAAUGGAAACCUCAGCUGACGUGGAAAGCGGUGUAGCCUCGACGAUGCAGGAUCGUCUUUAUGCGGUCCUAUCACGAGUGUUCUGGCAGGCGCUCACGCUCACGUUCGUCGCCGAAUGGGGUGACCGCUCACAGUUGGCAACCAUCAUUCUGGCAGCCCGUGAAAAUGUAUGGGCGGUUAACAUCGGUGCAAUUUUAGGUCACUCGUUUUGCACGUGUCUUGCCGUACUCGCCGGCAGCGCUGUCGCAAAGAGGGUGUCGGUGAAAACUGUAGCAUUUGUUGGAGGUGUAGUGUUCCUGCUGUUUGCCGCUUCGGCCUAUCUGAUCGGGCUUGAUAGCAAAGAGGUGACACUAUAAGCAUCAUCUACGCUAACGGCUGUAAAAGGCAAACUAAUUACGUAAGCUUUUCUUUUACGGGCGGGUAGUUAAACCUGUAUCAAUUAGGUGUGAGCAAAUUUUUUCAUGAUCGUCUAUAACAUUUGGACCAGAUAGGUUUAAAACUUAGUUUUGAACAAAUAUUUUUAAUUUUCACAACCACCGAAAGAGGAAGGGGGAAAUCUAAUGGAAGAUAGGGCCACGGGGCGAACUGGAUUGUCCUCUUAUGUUAUACUGUAUUUAUAAAUAAACAAGGCGGGAGCACCAAAUCAUGAUAGUUCCGUAAGCGGUAACGAUAUUCACAGCAGGAAGGGUGUGUGCAUUGAACUGAGCGAAUUGAAAUAAGGUUGGAGUGGAACAUAAUUUUACCGUCUUCUUUGAUCUUUUCCGAUUAAGUUUGUAAAGAAAUGUCGGUUGACACAUUGAUCACUCCGUUCAGUGGCAUUUUGAUAUGCAUGAUCCGACCCUGUCAGUCGUGACAGAAUCAGAUUAGGCAUAUCUCCAUCAGUUAUUACUAUUAUUGUUUUUAUUAUUAUGAUAUGAGUUUAGAAUUUUAGCACUCUACGAACUUUGAGAGCACCAACUUGUCUACUUUGCUUUCCAUUUCUGUGCAUAAUAAAAGGUGGCAAGUUGGCGGCAUUAAACAAUGCAUAACCGCACCGCGGCGUGUAUGUUUCCAUUAGCAAUAAGCAACAGUGUGUAACUCAUAGGGAAAGGGCAGUAUAGUAAACUAAUUCCAAAAAAAAUAUAGGAAAUAAGGAAAAAGAUGAAUAAGCAAAAAAAUGACAGGAAAACUGCGCAAAGGCUUACAAUCCGCCUCUGCUUAUUAUCGCUUGGAAUUGAUGGUGCUCCAUUGUGUAUAAAGUUGUAAAGCAGAUGUUAUGAUAUACUGGUUGAUGUAACCCAAUGAUGACUCAGUAAACAUGACAUUGCCGUAUAUUAAAAUUUAUAGAAUAAAGUACAAAAACGUUUUGUAAUAUAUAUUAUAAAACGUUUUCAAACAGAGAAAAAAGUUCAUACGUGUAUUCAGUUAUGGUAGUAAAUGGUAAGUUCGCAUGUUUUUGGCUCAACAAACCAAUUCCUUCUUCUAC